UAGUAUAAGUUCUAUAGAACUUUUUUUCUUAAAUCUUACCAAAACUCUUGUCAAUUCUGAGAUAAAUACAAUUUUUGGUGAAAAUAUAUGGUUUGGAAUGACUGAUCCAUGUACCAUACCCAAUGAAAGUCAUUCUAAUGAAAAUAUUGAUAAACAGCACAAAAUUUAUUAUUAUCCAGGUUGGAGUAUGAGAAAUCUCAUAUCACUCAUCAAAAUUAGAUUGGAUAAUUUUUUUAAACAUUCAGAAAACCAAGACACAAAAAAAUACCCACUAAAUCCUAUAGAUAUAAACAUAGUAAGCUUUAAGUUAACUCCAAAUGUAUAUCCACAACCUUCAAAUCAAACACAUUCUUAUUCCUUGGGCCAGGCUUCCACAUUUUUUACCUUUAAAUACGUCUUUCAUCUAUCCUCCUUGAUUCUCAGUGACGAAUUGCGCUUUGUAGGAUACGAGACUGAUGCAAAGGGUAGAUUAGAACCAAGACAUCUCGAUUUAUCCCCUAUUUUGGACCCGUCAGAAAUAUCGGAAACCGCAUCUAAACUCAAUAUAAGACUCAUGAAGUGGCGGGCCAUGCCCGAGCUAAACUUGGAUAAAGUUUUUGGCACCAAAUGCUUAUUGAUUGGUGCUGGCACGUUAGGCUGUAAUAUUGCUAGAUGCCUUUUAGCCUGGGGCAUUAAUCAUAUAACUUUUAUCGACAACGGUACCGUUUCUUAUUCGAACCCGACUCGCCAAUCGCUUUAUACCUUUGACGACGCGUUAUCCUGUUCCGGGAAGCUGAUGGGUGGAGAUAAUGAAGCCAUCGAUCGUAAUACGGGAAAAGCUAUCAUAGCGGCUCGAACCAUUAAAAAAAUAUUUCCUAAAGCUAGUAGCGAAGGUUAUAACAUGACCGUGCCAUGCCCGGGUCACCCCUUAUCUUCAACUGCGUCACCCAUGCUGAGCUCUCCUUUGAAUGACAACGAAAAUUUAACCGAACCUUACGACAAAUUUAAAGACGUGAAAUUAUUGGAAACUUUGAUUCAGGCCCACGAUGCUAUCUUCUUGUUGACCGAUACGCGAGAAAGUAGGUGGUUGCCCAGCGUUAUAGGAGCCAUAAUGGAAAAGAUUGUUAUAACCGCAGCUCUAGGGUUAGACUCAUACCUGAUUAUGAGACAAGGAAGCAGGACGCAGAAAAUUUCUGAUGAAAAUGUCGAAAAUCUCACCGAAAAAUUUGGCCAGAUCAACGCCGAUAAUUACACUAGUGAUAAUUGUCCGGGGCUUUCACCUAAUACAGGUGGAAGCUUUGAACCAGUAUCAGGCGAAAAACUGGGCUGUUACUUUUGCAACGAUAUAAUAGCCCCCAACGAUACGACCCACGAUAGAAGCUUAGAUCAGCAAUGCACUGUCACUAGACCCGGUCUGUCAUUUAUGGCCACCGGGUUUUCGGUUGAAUUGUUGCUCUCCAUCAUCCAGCACUCCAUGGGGAUAAACGCCCCCGCUAUAUCUAACGCUAAUCCAUCGUUGCUAAACUCCUACAAUACCGAACCAAAUAGUAAUAUAGAAUCUUGUUUAGGUAUCGUGCCUCACCAGAUUAGAGGAUUUUUGUCCAAUUUUUCCACCAUACACCCGUUAACCCUUGCCUUCGAUAAAUGCACCGCAUGUUCAGAUAAGGUACUAAAUAUCUAUCGAUCGGAGCAGAAAUACGAAUUUUUAACUAAGGUGUUCGAUUCUCAAAGUACUUUCCUGGAGGAGUUUACUGGUCUCAAAGAUUUACUAGAAGAAGCGGUUAAUCAAGAUAUUACGGCAUUUAGCAGCGAAGAUGAAAGUUCGAUGGCUUGAAAGCUAAUAAUUCAUCAUUAUUAUUUAUUUUAUAUUUAUAAUAUUUUCUAUUUGAUUAUAAAUAAAAUUAUUAAUCAAGUUUCAUCUAUG